UCUGCUCCAGUCUCGCUCGAUCAAUCGGCGCAACCAUCAUAUUGUACAGCGGCUUUCUACAUUUUUCUAAAAUGGCGGCUAAAUUUUCAAGGUUUCACGAGGAUCGUUCUUAUGAGACUGGUGAUCAUGAUAUGUUUACACAAGAAGAUGAUGAAUUCGAAGUAGAAAAAGCGACUUUGGAUGUUCCAAUAUCUGAGGAUAAUAAGGGUUAUCAGCUCAUUGUAAAGAUGGGUUGGAAGUCAGGAGAAGGACUUGGAAGAAAGCUUCAAGGAAGAACAGAGCCAAUUCCCAUCGUACUCAAAGAAGAUUUCACUGGAAUUGGGAGAAUGAAACUUGAGAUUGAACAUGCUGAAGAGACCACAAGCAAAAGAAAAACUCUUGAGAUAGAGAAGGAAGAGACAGAAGAAUUAAAGCAGAAAUAUCUGAUGAAACAAGAGAAGGAAAAGGUUAUUGAGGAAAGUCUUCAAGAUCUCAAGGACAUGUUUUACUGUGAGCUAUGUGAUAAACAAUAUUUCAAGUACAAAGAAUAUGACAACCAUAUCAACUCCUAUGACCACGCACACAAACAAAGAUUGAAAGACCUCAAGCAAAGAGAAGCCACAAGAAAUAUUUAUGCGAAAAAGAGAAAAGAACAAAAGCAAAUGGAAAAAGAAUUACAGAGGCUCCACCUUAUAGCAGGACAGAACUCAGGCAAAAAGGGAACACAAGGAAGCUUCAAGUCAAUCUCUGAAACAUUUCAACCAGGUGACAGAAGCUCAAAAGGAGGAUUCAAGCCAGUGACAAACUCAGGAUUUACAGCAGUUCCCCCACCCCCACCCCCUGAGGAUACUGCAGCACCACCACCACCCCCUCCCCCUGAGGAUGCUGCAUUACCACCACCACCACCCCCUCCCCCUGAAACCAGUGUUGUGCCACCACCGCCCCCUUCUGAUGACACUCCUUCACCAAAUAAUACCAACUCCUCAGCAUCUUCAAAAACCUUUUCUGUGAGUUUUGGUGGAAAGUCUUCAACUACUUCCUUUAAUAGUGCAAACACUAAAGGUACCUCAUUUGGAUUGAGUAAGAAACCAUCCACCAUAUCCUUUGGAUUGGGCAAGAAACAAGCUGGUAACACAUUCGGACUAGGUGCAGCUAAGAAAGGAGUCAUGAAGGCUACUCCUUCAGUAUUCAAUGAGUCAGACAGUGAUGAAGAAGAAGCAAAGGAUGAUCAAAAUUUAGGCUCUGGUCUAAUGCCAGAUGAGGAAGUCCUUCCCUCAACAGAACAACAAAAAGAGCUACUUGGUAAAGUCAUUGAAUAUGCUGAAACACUUCGUGUUAAGGAAGCCCUUCAUCCAAAAUUGUUGAUAAGAUUUGUUCGAGGAACUGAAAGUCCCAUUUUACCUGGAACUAUACAGGAUGGCGAUGCAAAAUCAAAUGACAGUAAAGAAAGAAAUAAUGCAGAUAAAUAUGCAAGUGGAAAGGACUCGCAACGUACUAGUCAAAAAAAUAUUAGAUAUAAGGAUGAGAGGUACAAGAGGAGGGAUGAGAGAAGGGAUGAGAGGAGAGAUGAGAGGAGAGAUGAGAGGAGAGAUGAGAGGAAUGACGAGAGAAGGGACAGAAGGGAAGCAAUUUAUAAGAAGAGGUGAUAAUUCUAGGUCUAGUAACAGAUUGUUUGGAUACUAAAAUGUGUGGAAAUAACCUUUUACUUGCUGGUAUAAUAUAAUAAAAAUAUCACUGGAAUUA